AUGAAGGGAGAGACAGAGCGUCGCGAACGCGAGGAUCUAAAUGUGAACACGAAGAAGGAAUUCCAGCUAGUCAUCAACAAAGCUUCGCGAACGCGAAGGUUUGUUUAUAUGUUUUUUAUAUAUGGUGCAUCAAUUGCUGGGUGGAGGUAUUGUAGACCACUUAUUGCUGUGGAUGGAACAUUUCUAAAAAAUAAAUAUAGAGGUGUUCUGUUAGUGGUUGUUACAAAAGAUGCAAAUAAUCAGAUUUUCCCUAUAGCAUUUGGGGUAGCGGAUUCAGAGAAUAACGAAUCAUAUGAAUGGUAUUUCAGAGAAUUAAGAAAAGCAAUUAGGGAUUACGUUAAAGAUUUNUGGUAUUUCAGAGAAUUAAGAAAAGCAAUUGGGAUUCGUAAAGAUUUAAUAUUUUUGUCAGAUCGACACAAGGCCAUUGCAAAUGGAAUCGCAAAAGUUUUCCCUGAGUGCUACCAUGGUAUUUGCAUAUAUCAUUUAGAAAAGAAUCUAAAGCAAAGAAGAGUGAGAAACACUGUACUAAACCUCUUUCAAAGUGCUACAAGAGUAUACCUUCAAUCAGAAUUUGAUGACUUCAUGUCCAAAAUAGCUGCUGUUGAUAAGAAAACAUUUAAUUAUUUGAUGGAGGAGCCACCAGGAAGAUGGGCUCGUUCACAUUGUCCAAGACGACGAUAUGAUAUGUUAACAACAAAUAUUGUUGAGUCUAUGAAUAAUGUUUUGAGACGUGCAAGAGAAUUGCAACUUUUAACAAUGAUGGACUUCAUACAAGAAAAAUUGCAAAGCUGGUUUUAUGAAAGAACGGCAACUGCAGAAGGAAUAUUCCACGAGUUAUCAAAUUCGGCAGAAGCAACAUUGGAAGAUAAAAUUAAACCAGCUUUUACAUUUAGAGUAUUGCCUAUUGAUCGACUCAAAUUCAAUGUCAAAGAAGGGGGUAUGGAAUUUAUUGUUGAUCUAGACAAAAGAACAUGUGAUUGUUCUGAAUUUCAGCAAGAUGAGAUACCGUGUGAACAUGCAAUUGCUGCAAUUGAUAGUAUAUAUCCGAAGAAAUCAGCCUUUUGCUCAGCCUAUUAUUUAAGGGACUUUUGGUUGAAAAUAUAUGAAGGGCAAGUAAAUUCUGUAGGUGAUUCAACAACAUGGGUUAUACCAGACAAUAUUAAAUCGGUAAUCACUAAGCCUCCAGAUGCAAAAGUACUGCUAGGAAGAAGACAGAAGAAUCGACAUGUUUCCGGUACCGGUACAGAAUUCAAGAAGGAAACAAGAUGUGGUCGUUGCAAAAAAUAUGGGCAUAACAGAACAAAUUGUACAAAUUCUGUUGUAGCUCAUCCUUAUGCAAGAAAAUACAGGAAAAAAAAUGACUGA